AUGCCUCUCUUCCAUCGCGACUCCGUCUCCAGCUCCUCCUCUUCCGGCCGUAGCAUCGAGGAGCCUAGUCAGCGCCGCAGCCACGGGCUCUUCGGGGGCCGUAACUCGCAGUCUUCCCACUCCUCUCGUCGCUCCUCCGGGGGCUAUUCGAGCGGAGGGGGUAGCCGUCGCGGUCUGCUCAGUCGUCGUCAGGAAGACCCUUCGAUCUCCGCAGCAAAGGACCAGGUGUUUCGCGCCGAGUCUGCCGAGAAAGCCGCCGAUCGGGCCCUGAGGGAAUCUCGUAUGGCCGUGCGGGAGGCUCGAGAGCACGUCAAGCGCUUGGAGACCGAGGCGACGGAAGAGGCCCGCCUGGCGAAGCAUAAGCAGCAUCAGGCUCGAACAAUCUCGAAGAGAGCCAAGCCUCUUGGACGUAUGUAUUGUAUCUAUCUUCAUUUCAAGGAUGUUAACUGA